CUUAAAUUUUUUUACUUACCUUACACGCUUUUUCAGAAAUCUAUUAGAUCAUGUUUUCCACAAAAAGGAAUGAGAGUAAAAAGGAAAGGAGAAGAUAUGAUAUCCAGGAUAAAAGUUAACUGAAUGGAGAAAAGAGUCUACCUUGUAAGUAGAAGAGAAGUCAGCACCUACAUUGUUUCAUAUGGACAGUGCCCCACCAAGUACAACCACACUGGCCUCUCUAGGUUUCUAAAAUCCCCAUCACCAAAGCCAUCCAUGUUGAAGGUAUUAUCUCUAAAAAGCCACCGUUUCAAAUCCACUUCCAUUUUUGAAAGAAGAAAGGAAGAGACUUCUCUGCACAUAAGGGUCAUCUGACUGCAGGAAUCUCUAUAUUGAUUGGGUCCUCUCAGUAAGGGUGCUAACAGCUGUGUGUAGGGUUGUUUGAACAUCAAAUGAGAUAUUAUACAAAACGUCCUAAGAAAAUGCCGGACAUAGAGCUGAUUCUGGCUCACCAAACUCCCCUUUCCUGCUGGCUCCUGAAAGAUCAACAAGCAUUUAUUGAAUGUGUACUUACUAAGUGCCAGGAAUUUAGGGUGUUUCCCUGCAUUGGUUAUUGUGACUAUGCUGCAAUGAACAUGUGCAGAUAUCUCUUCAAGGGAUAGAAAUUUAUGACAGUCUCUUUGAACUGCCUGAUGUCAGAGCUGGGAAAGGUGGUGAAGUAUAUAUAAGAGCUGGGUUACUCAUUGGCAAGUGGGGGACAAAUACUCCAGUGGAUGAAAGCUUGGGAUUGUUCCUGAAGCUUUCUUACCAUUAGAGGCAUUCUCUGAUAUACUGACACUCAAACAUUAAAAGUAAAUUUGAGAAACAAUGUGCCUCCUGAAGCUGCCAGUAGUUCUCAUCAUACUCUCGGUUGCAUUAAACCAUCUGAAGGCUACUCCCAUUAAAAGUCACCAGAUGGAAAAGCGGAAAUGCAACACUGCCACGUGUGCGACUCAACGCCUGGCAAAUUUCUUGGUUCGUACUAGCAAUAAUCUUGGUGCCAUUCUCUCACCUACCAAUGUGGGAUCCAAUACAUAUGGCAAGAGAAACACAAUUGAGAUUUUAAACAGGGGACCAUUGAAUUACUUACCACUUUAGAGGUCAACGCACCCCUAUCAUUCUUACUUUCAUGUAUAAAAAUAUUCUAGUGAUUUCCUGUGUAAGUUAACAUUAGCAUGAACAUAAGUUUUAAUGUACUAUGUUUGUUAGCAGUACAUAUAAAUUGUUAUGGUAAGAAUUGUUUUAAAUUUAUUGCUAAUUAAGACCCCAUAAUAAAAAGUCAAUGUCUUUAAAAAUGAAAUGUUCUUGCUAUAGAUAUUUAUUUUGAAGACAUAUUAAAAAGUCAUUCUUUUGCCUAUAUCUUUAUGAUCUGAGUUUGAGAACAAAAGAGAAAAUAGUAUUUGGAAACUUGGUAAAUUGUAAACAGCAGAGAGUGAAGUUAGGCACAUUAAAAGUCAACAAUUAUAAGGACCCUUGUUAAGCAAUUCUUUUUUGCAUUGGAUUUCUCAAAUGUUUAGAUAAAAUGCUAUUUAAAAAAUAAUUAAUUUUUGCUCCUGACUCAGUCAAAAUAUUUUUUAAAUUAUAUUCUUUGCUGUAUUGUUGGUAUUAGAGGUUAUUUAAGAAUAUAAAGGCAAUUUGUGUUUAUGAGGGUUUCAUUGUGUGUUGUCAUUUGAUGACCUUUUAUUAAACAUAAAUGCCCUUUUUUCUGUUCAAGUGGCUUACAGCAAACCUCGGUCAUACUCUGAUGCAGGAUAUUGCAAAGGCAACUUGUGUUCCUCUUAAUCAUGUAUGUCUUCAGUUAAAAGACCACAGAGUUAUAUAUUUUAUGGUAACUUAUUUUGUUUGUUAAACUAAUUGGACAUUUCUGGCAGAGGUUACAUGUGUGUGAUACACUUUUCUUGAAGAAAACUGUUGAAUUGGACAUGAAAUGUAAUGUUUCCUCUAAUUCUCAUUCUUACAGGGGUUCUUGUUUUAUCCUGACCAUGAUUUAGUCACCUUUGGAAGUAGCAUUAACCCAGAAAAACUGCUAUCAUGUUGUGUUAUGCCAUUCCUAAAGACACUAAACUUGUAUUUAAAAAAAAUAGAAAAAAAAUCUCAUUUUUAAUGGGAAUCUAACUUGUUAACUUGACUUAUACACUAAAAUUUCCCCUUAUGAAGUGUGCCUUAGAUUACCAUAUUUUAGUUGUGUCUGUAUGAGUGUAUAGCAACAGAUGAUAUUUAUAAUGAUUUUAUGUCAUAAGUUGCACGUUAAAAUAAAUGAAUGUAUA